CAGUGCACCUAAAUUAUGCAACAAAACGGAAGCAUUUUUAAAGCGAUUUAUGAAAUGUGAUAUGUGUUGAUGAUUGAGCAUCCUUACUAUCAGACAUUUGACUAGCAGGCGGAUGAACUGAGGAGUAGAGUAUUUGAUAGGAUAAGCCAUGGCCGAAGAAAAGGGGAAAAUCGAAGAAAUUAAUUCUCCAGAGACAGAAAAGUUUCUAUCAGACAAUGUGGAUGAUAAUAAAGCUGAGAAAAAUUUCGAGAAACAAGUGAUAAAUUGUGAGCCCGCAGUGAUGAAUGGACCCGGUGUUUCACCCUCUCAGUCUAUGGAAUCUGACAGCAACCUCAAAACUGAGACGUCAGAGUCCAAUUCUAUGGAAUUUUCGCAGGAUUUACAACAUGAUGAUAUGGACGAUAGUACAAAACUUGCUGAAAAUAUCAUCCAAACUCAGUCAAUACCUCAGGAAGUAGCUGCAAACAUUGAACAGGUAAACAACACUACAGAGAACGCAUCUACUUCUUUAGCCGACAAUAGUGAUGUGAAUCCAAGUAAACCAGAAGAAACAAUAGAGUCUACUGAAACACCUUCAAAUGUUGCGGUAGAGCAAGACACAGAACAUAAUGUACCUAUAGGGAUCGUGAAAACUGGCAAUGGAUCAGUAGAAGAGAAAAAAGAAGUCUGUCCUAAAACCACAAAACCACCAACAAAGGCCAAGCCAAGAUCUGGCAAAAUGGUGUUUUGUAAAAUUCAUCUUUUAGAUGGACAGUUAUAUGAAACAGAUGUUACAAAAAAUGCAACUGGCAAAGAAUUGUUUGAUAAAGUUUGUGCUUAUUUAACAUUACAAGAGAAAGAUUAUUUUGGUUUACAGUAUCAGAAUAACAACGUUAAAUUCUGGUUGAAUAAUGAAAAGAAAAUAUUGAAACAAGUCAAGGGCGGUACCAGUGUCUUUGACUUUUCAGUAAAGUUUUAUCCCCCAGAACCCCUGGCAAUGUUAGAGGACCUUUCUAGAUUUCAACUUUGUUUACAAGUCAGAUUUGACAUCUUUAAUGGAAAAUUACCCUGUUCCUUUACCACCUUGGCUGUUGUUGGCUCUUACAUGGUCCAGGCAGAAGUUGGUGACUAUGACAACAUUGAUGAGUACGAGUUUGGCCCAGGAGAUAGUUAUUUAGAUAAAAUAGAAUAUGCACCAAACAAAUCACCAGAAAUGAGAUCCAAAGUAUACGAAUUACACAAAACACACAAAGGUUUAACACCAGAAGAAGCAGAAUUGCAAUAUUUAGAAAAUGCCAAAAAAUUAGCUAUGUAUGGUGUUGAUUUACAUCAAGCUAGAGAUUCAACAGGAGUAAAGUUAAUGUUAGGUGUAUGUGCCAGUGGUAUACAAGUAUAUAAAGACAAAUUAAGAAUUAACAGAUUUGUGUGGCCCGCCAUUUUAAAACUUUCAUACAAAAGGAAUAACUUUUAUGUAAAGAAAAGACCUACAGAGAAUGAAAAAGAUGGUGAGACGAUUGGUUUUAAAUUAGAAAAUCAUAAAAUGGCUAAAAGAUUAUGGAAAACCUGUGUAGAACACCAUGCUUUCUUUAGAUUACAUCAAUCAGAUCCACCUAAAAGUUCAACAUUUCCUAGAUUUAACUCAAAGUUUAGAUAUUCUGGUAGAACACAAAAACAAGUCCGAGAUGAAGUGGAAAAGAUUGAAAACAAACCAAAAUUCGACAGAACACACUUCAAAUACAGCUCAAUGCCACAAACAAACAAUACAGAAGGUUAUAACCAUGGUUACCCAGACGAGAAAGAUAGAACAGAUCAGAAAGGUGUGACCACACCAUCAACAGAGAGUGGACCUCCUCCAUACUUUACUGAUGGUUACAAUACACUAGAAUCCUCAGCAGACAAACCUAACUCUCUGGGCAAUAUGUCAGAGGACAGAACAGACAGAACUCCAGGUCAUGAGGAUGCAACACAAGAUUGGUCACCAGGUGCUGGUGAUGCAGCCACAUUAGAAGCUCAAAACAGAGGCAAAAAGUCAAAAGAAGAUAAAGAAAGAGAAAAGAGGGAAAAGGAAGAAGAAAAGAGAAGAAAAAAGGAAGAGGAGAAGGAAAGAAAACGAUUAGAAAAAGAAAGAAAACAAGGAAAAGGUGCUGAAGACAGAACAGAUAAAAUGGGUGAUGAAUCAGCAACAUUAGGUUUGAAUGGUGAACAUUACCCUGGAUCAGCUGGUCUUGAUUCUGGGAAGAUAACUGCAUUAGCACCACCAGAUGGAGCUGAUUCAAGAAAGGAUUUAGAACAACAGCCAAAGGCUGAGACAACAAUUGAUGAUUCUUAUAACAAUAUGGGUACUGGGCCUGGAAUUAGAAUUGCUCCCCCGCUGGUAUCAGAAAAACAAAGGUCAGUUGCCUCCCCUGAAACUGACAUAGAUGAUGGUGAUGAUGCUGAAAGAAGGAAAAGAGAGAAUGAUAAUAAAUUAGAUAGAGAUGAUGACCAUAAAUUGAGUAGAGAUGAUGGUCAUAGAAAGUCAGAUAAAUUUGAUGACGAUAAAAAGAAGGGUGACAAAUCUAAAAGAAAAGAGUCUGACAAAUCUAAAGACAAGAAGUCUGGUUUCUUUGGACGACUCAGGUCUCCAAAGGACAAGGAUUGCAAGAAAGGAAAGGGGAAGGAAACUGACAUUGAUUCUGCUCCAGGAAGUCCAACCAGCCCUGAUUCAGCAUAUCAGAAAGAGACAAUUGUCAAGGAAACCAAUGUAGUGGAAGAAACACAAAUCAGCAAUACUGUCCAACCUGCUGUUAAUGAAGCUUCUGAAACAGUCCGAGAGGUAGUGAUAACCGUGGUCGCUAAAGAAGAAACGAAAACAGACAUACCAGAAGUCAAAGUUCAAGAAAAAAUUGUAGAAACUAUCACAAACAAAGAUGCUCCUGAAAAGGUUAUAGAGGAAGUGGAUGGUCAUUGUGUAGGAAGAAACAGUAAUAAUGAUAUUGAGGAAGUGAAAGUAGUUACUGAGGAAAUAACAGCUGAAAAAGAAACAAAAGACGUUGAGAAAAUAAUGGAGAAUAAAGAAGUGGAAGAAAACUUAUCAGAUUUGUCUAAGUCUGAGGAAAUUAAAACUGUUGAGAGGAUUAUUGUUAAAGAGGAGACUGUAAUAGAGGAUAAGACAAUUAACAAAGAGGAGAAAGUUAAAAUAGAAAGCUGUAAUGGUCCUUUGAUUGAGGCUAUUGAAGAUGAAGUAUUUACUACCGAAGUACAUAAAACAGAAUCAGUGGGUCUCUCAGUGAUCAGUAAUCAUGUAGGAUCAGAGACGGGCAGUUUGAGUAGUGAUAGUAGUGAUGAUGAGGAGGUAUGUGGCUCUUAUCAUGUAGAAUCUCCUAUGGAAGAAACACCACCCAAAGUGAAAGUAGAAACCAUUGUAGAAGAGGAACAAAGUGAAAGUAGAGUUGAAGUUGUUAAUUGUAAUGAAACAGAAACUAUUCCAGUAACACAAACUCAAGUUGAAGUAAAAACAGAAAUUAAAGUAAUUGAGAGUCCUCUAAUAUCAGUGGAAGAAAAACAAACUGAGAAUGAAAUAGAAAUUGUGACUACAGAGGAGAAAGAUAUAGUGGACAGUAUAAAAGUUACUGAAACAGACACUGUAUCAGAAGUCAAGCAGGACAUCCAACCUGAAGUUCAGAAAGAUUUGUAUGUAUCAAAUGAUGUUCAGGGUGAAACACUAAAUAAUCAGGAGACAUUGGUUGAUGAUAAAAAGGAUAAUUGUGAGAGAAAGGUGGACGAAAAAAGAGAUUUUGAUGUUGUAGUUUCUGAACAAAAGUGUGUAUCGCCUGAUGGUAAUCAAGUUAUAUCACACCGUUCUGAGAGAACGACUGAAACCAUUCAAAAAGAGGUUUUAACACAUACCCGCAGAGAACUGAAGCCUGAAGAAUUUGAGAAAUACAAAAAAGAAAUAGAAGCCGCAGACAAAAAGAGCAGAAUGGGAUUACAAGAUGAAUUAGGGGAAGUUAGACAAGUCAUAGAAACUGUUGUUGUCACAGAUAUUAAAAACGAUAGUGGAAAUAUUGUAUCAGAGGAAAGAAAAGAAAAACCUGAAAUAGAAGAACCAAAGGAGGUAAAUGCACCUGUUGAAUCAGACGUAAAGAAAGAGGAGAGUGUUAUUGAGGUUAAAGUUGUCAAAUCUGAAAAUACAUUAGAAGAAAAUGUUAAAAAGAUGAAAUACAUUGAUGACAGCUCUGGUGAUAGUGUCAGUGAAAAGGUGAAAGAACAUGAUGAAACACCAGAAGUUAUAAAGCAGGUAGUUAAUGAGGAAGCUGGGAAUGAACAUGUUGCUCCUAAGCUGGAUAAAAAGGAGAGCAUGCGAUUGAAAAAAGAAGAGAAAGAAAGGAAAAAGAAGGAACUUGCUGAAGAAAAAGAAAGAAAGAAAAGGGAAAUACAGGAAGAAAAGGAGAGGGUAAAAAGGGAAAAGCUAGAAGAGAAAGAGAGGAAGAAGAAGGAAAAGGAAGCAGAAAAGGAAAAGAAAAAGAAGGAAAAGGAGGAGAAAAAAUCUAAGAAAAAUAAAAAGUCUGAGGUAGUUGUAGAACAAGGCAUAGAAGAGGUAACAGAUGGAAAUGUUGAAAAGCCAGAAUCAGAAAAAGAGCCGACUGUAGGGUCUGUGGAGAAGGUUGUAGAGGAGCGUGUUCCAACAGCUAUAGCUAUGGUCAUGGCAAAACAGAAGGAAGACGAAAAAAUGGAGGAAAUAAAUCUGAAAGAUGAACCAGCUGAAGAGGAAACACCAAAACCAGAAGAACCAGUUGUAGAAACAAAUAAAAAACAGAAAAAGCCAAAAAAAGAGAAAAAAGAAAAACAAAGUAAAAAGGAAAAGGAAAAGAAAACACCAAAAAAUAAGAAAAAGCAUAAAUCUACAGGUUGUUUUGGAGCGUCUGGUGAACUCAGUUCUGAUGAAGAAGAGAAAGUUGAGGAGAAACCCCCUGAGGAAGUAAUAGAGGAAAAAGUUCAGGAGGAGGAAGUGAAACCAGUAGAAGAGGUGAAAGUCAGUCCCAAACAGAAAGGGAAAGGUCUCGGUUGGGCUUUACCAGGGAUGGAUGAGUUGCAGAAGAAAGGAACAAAGCAUGAAGACAAGACUAAACGACAUAGUACUACCUCGUCCCAUUCAACACACUCUACUCACGACGACAACGCCAAAGCACCGAUAGCUGACCUCAUGGAAAUGCAGGAUCAAAAUAUGCAGAAUUUAGAACCUGUCGGUAUGAAUGAAGAAAAAACUACUGCAUCUGUACCAAAAGAUUUACCAGAACCAUGUGCUACAGAGGUUGAGGAAGUACGGGAAAUAAUUGAUCUUGUAGAGAAGACAGAAAAUGUUACGACUGAAGCAGCUAUUACAACUCCUGAGGUUGGACUGGGUAUGGAUGGAGGAGACAUGAUCAACCGAGUUUUACCUGAAGGAGAAGGUUCUAUAGAUAGAAGAAUGCAAUUUAUCCCAGUAACACCUCCAGUACAGGAGACUAAAGAUUCACUGAAGGGCCAUAGCAAUUCAACAAUGCCAUUUUUCGAUUCUGCGUCAGGAGAUACCCUUGGCAGAAAGGUACCACCCCCAGUUCCUCCAAAGGGCAUGAGGAAUGGAUUUUCGGAGGAAGACAGAUCAAUGCCAGACAUGCCACCAACUAUUCCUACAGAAAGUUUUACUUAUGAAAAUAAUACGGAUGACAUCCCUAUUUCAACGAAAAAUGUUCCUUUUGUAAAGACAAAAACACAAACAGUUACAUAUGAAAAAGACGGUUAUCCGUAUGAAACGGAAGAUGGAAUCCUGAUAAGUUCACAGUCCCAUAGUACACGAUCACAAACCAUUGAAACUACCACAUAUAAAACAGAAAAAGAUGGCAAAGUAGAAACCCGGGUGGAGAAAAAGGUUGUGAUUACAGAUGAAGGAGAUGAUGAUGAUUUAGAUCAUGAUGAUCUCUUAGCAGAAGCUAUCCGUUCAGUAACAGAAAUGAAUCCAGAUUUGUCAGUAGAAAGAAUAGAAUGUAUGAGACAGAUUGAAGAAGUGGAAAAAUAGAAAUUUUAGCAUUGGAUGCAAGUGUUGAAUGGAGUGCUUCAGAAGAGACAUAUGAUCUUUUAGUGCCUAAAGACUUGUUUAUUGCUCUUUAUAAAGACGUUGGCCUGUUAUAUUGUACUGAUGGUACUAAACCACAGCACCAGACUGGUUUAGAAAGAAUAUCGUAAAAUGUGAUAACAACCUUCCCUUUCCCAAACUAAUUAUAAUCAGUUAGUGGUAUUUUAAUGGGUAUUCAAAAUUAUAAGCAGUUUUACAGUUUGAUUUGAUUGUUUGAUAUUUUCAUUUGAUAAGUGUACAUGGACUGUCAUAAGUGUAGUUGCACCUAUCAUAUAUUAAACUGCCUUCAGUAGCUUAGAAUUCUGUUAAUUUCUUUAUGAAUAGUGUGGUUUCUGGGGGAUAAUUCAGGAUUGUUAAAAACAUUUUUUUUUCAUAAUAACAUUCAUUUGUUUAUUUUCUUCUAAUCCAGUCUGGUUUUAAAUGCAAUAAUUUAUAUGUGAAAGUGUUUAGUUUUUAUUGUUUUAACAUCAUUAUAGAUAAAUCAUGACAUAUUUUGUAUAGCUCAUCAAUUGUAAAGAAAAUCCAUUUUUAUCAUGCAUUUGUUUUAUAUAUGUUAGUCCAUUUAUUUUUUAUCUUUCGUUGAUCAACACAUUUGUGAAGAAGACAUAUAUGAUGAUACUUUUAAGAAAUGAGGUUCUGAACCUGAAUAUUCAUUAGUUUACAUUUAUCCAUGAAGCAAAAUUCAUUUAGGUUUGAUUCAAUUUUGUUUUUAAAUUUUAAAAGAAAAUUGAGGACUUUUUAUUUUUUGUUGUUAAAUUUAUUUAGAAAAAUGAGGAUUUUAAUAAUUGAACACAAAAUUGUAUUGAUAACAGGGAUGAGAGACCACUGAAAAUGGAAUUAAUAAUUAUACAUGAUAAAACAUUUAAAUAUUAUACAUAGAUAUAUUGUUACUGAAUAUAUCGUUUUAUAGUUUUUAUUAAAUUCUAAUUUUUUACAAAAAAGUGCAUUUUCUUAUCUGUUUUAUAAAUUCUAUAUGAAAAUGCUUAUUUUAUUUAUGAAUUAAUGUUGUGUGGGAGGCAGCCGGUACAAAGUUGAUUAUUAUUAUACAAAUAAAUUUAUUUUUUUUUGUAAAAAAAUAUAGUUAUAACAAUUUUUUUUAUGAAUUUGUAAAUUUGUCUUUGGUCAAAAAAUAUUUCUGUUUUUUUACCACAAGAAAUUAUUUGACAAAGUAAAUUGACAAAUCUAAUUAUAUAGACUAUUUUAUGUUGCAUUUUGCUCAAUGCUUGUUUCACUUCGACUUGCUUUAUGUUUUAAAAUAGAUGUAGCAUAGAUUUUGAAGCUUGAAAAACAUAAAGCCUUCUAUCUUGCUGUCUUUGUAGGUGAUAAGUCUGCGCCAUUCUUUUGAUCUCCUAAAAAUUUAUUUUUUAUGAAAUAUUUAUCAAGAUUUAAUUUUAAGCCAUUGAAAUCAGUGAGAACUGUUUUCCUUUCUUAUACAGGUUAUCCUGAAGCAGUCUGUAUUCUUUUCAUUAUGAGAAAAAGUGGGGACUACUUUUACUUGUACAUAUUUUUUUUACAUAAAAGAAUAUAUUUCACAAAUAACAUUAAAAGAUGUAUAUCUUCAGUAGCAGAAUGACAAACUUUCACACCCAUGUCAUUAUUGAGUUAUUGUUUAUAAAAUCACAUCAAAAACCUUUGAUAUUUUUUUUAUGUUUCAUAAGAUACAUGGAUACUAUACUACAAAAAGGUUAGAGUAAUUGAUAUUUUUGAUAUAUGGUAAGGAGUAAUCUCAGAUUUUAAUCAUUAUCAGUUUGAUGAAAUGAAAGUCAUUCUGCUGAACUGUCCUGUCAUAAACCUUCUGUAGUUGUCACACAUUUUAUGGUUGUUUUAAUUGUCGCCUUGAAAAGGCAUUAUUUAUUUUGUCUGUUUCCCACAUAUUAUAGCAGCUGUUCAGAACAUCAUUUUAUUCUUAAAAGCAUACUAAUAAAUUUUUAAAUGAC